AUGUCGGCCAUGGAACCCUGGGACCUAUCCACGCUGGACGCUGCAGAGGCGCAUCUAUGCCAGCCUGAUUUCCGGCCAUUCCGUCUCCAGAAUCUCGUCAAUGGAGAGCUCAUCCCCCACCCCCACCACGAGGAUGCUGUGCCCGCUUUCAACCCCAAGACCGGCCAACACAUCGCCUACGUCCCCAAUUCCACGGCCGAGCAGGUCGAUGCCGCUGUGAAUGCCGCUGAGCAAGCCUUUCCGGCAUGGUCCGCCACCUCUCCGUCGCAACGGUCGCAAUAUCUGCAGCGCAUCGCGGCGGCGAUUGAAGAAAAGCGCGAGCUGUUUGCCGUGUGGGAGAGCCUCGAUCAGGGCAAGACCAUUGCCAGGGCCCGCGUUGAGAUCGACCGUGCGGUGUCGAACUUCCGCUACUUUGCCACGUACAUCCUGCAUCAAGAAACCCAUGCCCGGUGGACCGACACCAACAUCCUCACGUAUGAGCAUCGCUCGCCCAAGGGCGUCUUUGCCCUGAUCUCCCCGUGGAACAUGCCCUUGUACCUCCUGACAUGGAAGAUCGCCCCAUGUCUGGCGUUUGGGUGCACGGCGGUCGCGAAGCCCAGCGAGGUGACGAGCAUCACUGCAUAUUUAUUGGCGACCGUCUUUCAAGAAGCGAAACUCCCGCCCGGCGUCAUCAACAUGGUCUUCGGGGCUGGCAACCCGACUGGAUCGGCCCUCAUCCGUCACCCGCGCGUCAAGGGCAUCUCCUUCACCGGUGGCACGGCUACUGGACGUCAGAUCCGUCGCGAUACGGUGGAUGAGAUUGGAAAGUAUCUGUCGCUGGAGCUGGGAGGGAAGAACCCGACGCUGGUCUUUGACGACGUGGAUCUGGACAAGGCGGUUGCGACGGCGGCGACGGCGGCAUUCGAGAACCAGGGCGAGAUCUGUCUGUGCGGAUCCAGGGUCUACAUCCAGAAGAGCAUCUGGUCCGACUUCGUCCCGCGAUUUGUCGAAUACGUCAAGAAGAACUACGUCCUAGGCCAGACCGUUGGCGCGGUUGUUUCCUUGCCCCAUUAUAGCAAAAUCCGAUCGUACUUGACUCUCGCGGCUGCUGACCCCAACGCCGUCUUCCACUUGGGCUCUGUGCCCCCUGAGAAACCGGACGGUGGCUACUGGAUCGAGCCGACCAUCCUGACCGUUCCCGAUUCGAGCAUCCUGAUGACAGAUGAGAUCUUCGGGCCUGUGGUCACCCUCACGCCGUUUGAAACUGAGAGCGAGGCCAUUGACAAGGCAAACGAUAGCCAGUACGGCCUAGCCAGCAUUCUUCUUACGAAAGACGCGGGCAGGAUCCGUCGUGUCGGUGAGAAGAUCGACGCGGGUCUGGUCUGGGUCAACUGCUGGCUGGUGCGUGAGCUAGGAACGCCGUUUGGGGGGAUGAAGGCGUCCGGGACGGGGAGAGAGGGUGGUGAAUACAGUAGGGACGUGUUUACGACGGUGCGGACUUUGCAUAUUCCCCAGAACUAG